AUCGCGCAUCUCGACCCUCUCAAAAUGCCCCACAAACACAAAAGACGGCGGAAGGAGAAUGACGAUCAUUACGAUCUGCCGCCAAACAAGAUUGCAAAACCACUUCCGGCGAGGCUUGAUAACGGCACCAAGGACGCCGGACAGACAAAGAAUGCGAAGCAGAGAAAAAAGCCAGCGCAUACCGAUGAUUUCGGUGAUGAUACGCCUCGACAAUUUGCGCGGAUGAUGCGCAGAUUCCAACAGUCCAUGCCGGGCGGAAAGGAUGGAAACAAGAUGAAUUCCGAUACUGCUGCUGGCAACGAGAAAAACACGAGGAAACGGAAAAGAGGGGGGGAUAUUCCUACAGAGGCUUCAGGACAGAAUAAUAAGCCUAAGGUCCAGAAGGCCGACGCUGCUGUUAAAUCAGCAGAGUCGACCAGUGUUCCCAAGAUUCUUCCCGGAGAAAAACUCUCCGAUUACGCUGCUCGCGUGGAUCAGGCUCUACCCCUCUCCGGCGUGGCGCGCAAGGCGGGAAAUACUGGUGCAAGUAAAAUGGAUGCUGAUAUCCGUAACCUGCGCGAACACCGUCAAACCAAACAUGAAAAGCGGCUCUUGCGACUGCAAAAAGGAUGGCGCGAAGAGGAGGCCAAGAUACGAGAGAAGGAAGAGGCAGAAAGGGAGGAGAGAGAAGCAGAAGAUGAAGAGGUGAAUGACACGUGGAAGCAAUGGGAGGCUGAGGCGGGUCACGGAAAGAAGAAGAAGAAGAAGAAGAAAGGAGGUAAAAAGAAGAAAAAGAACGGCGCUGCGGCCGCGGAUGGUCCUGAUUACUCUGACGACUCUGAUGACGAUGAUCCAUGGGCAAAGCUGAAUAAAAAGAAAUGUGCUGCUCAGCCACUUAAUCCAUUUGACGUCGUGCAGGCGCCCCCGGAGAAUUUGGCAAAAGUUAAAGAGAUAUUCAAAGUCCACGGGAUCAACGGUGCAAAGGUGGAUGUGGCUAACGUUCCAGCCGCUGCUGGUAGUUUGAGACGGAGAGAGGAAUUAGCGAGCCACAGACAGAGCAUUGUGGAGGAGUACAGGAGAAUCAUGGCAGAGAAAAGAGGUCAAUAACUUUUUAAAUUGGUGUAGAUCUAAUAAUAGGAUAUCCCCACAAACGCUAUACAAAUAUGAGAAAAGCUAGACGCCCGGUAAUGUUACCUCUUUACUCGGAGACAUGGGAAGAAAAUGUAGACUAAAGCCCUCAAGUCAUGAAGAAGUUUCAUCCGUUUAGGGGUCUUCCUUCAACGACUUCACGUACUCCGCAGCUCGAGCCUUAACCUCAUCAACCAUCUUAUCAUCGCCAUUAGAGAUCUUCUCUUCAAACGUAAGCCACUUCUUGAAGAAGAAUUUGGCCUGCUUAUCCUUUAGCUUCUUCAUCCCAGCCUUGCUGCCGUCGGCACCGACUCCACGGCCAAUGCCGAGGACUCGCUCAAAUAGCCGCCUGACCUGGUCCACAUCACCAACUUUGAUCUCAAGAUCUAGCAGGAUAUUCCACAAAUCAACACGUUUAGGGAAAGACGAAAGGAGUCCUUCGAACACGGUUCUACCACGCUCAACAUCUCCGUGCGGUGAGCGGAAUUCUAACUGUCCGAACUUGGAUGUGAGUUCGACGUGGGUGUGAGGAGGUAGAGACUGCAUGGCGCGAGGCAACAGAGCACGUCCUCGAUCUGGCGCAGCCAUAGUGUCAAAGAGGAAGUUGGCAUAAUUCAAGAAUAGGUUCGGAGACUGGGUGAAUUUCUUUUUCAGCGCAGAUUGGAAAAUCUCAUCCGCUUUCUAACCAUAUGUUAGUAUUGUGGGGCGAUCAAUAAAGGCAAACUAAGUAUUACUUACCUCUGGCUUGUCAGACUGGAUAAAAAUGCUUGCCAUUUUUUCGUGGAUUUCCUGCGCAUCGUUAUACUGACAAGCACGCUUGAAUACUUCUUCAAGGCUGUCAUCGGUGCCAAAUGUAUUUUCCAAGUUAAGCAUCGCAACCCAGACAUUGAAUUUUUCCGUAU